AUGCUAAUAUGCUGGCAGCAGCGCUCCACGUCGUUCUGUGCGUGCAAAGUAAACGUCACUUUCAAAAGUUGCCACGAAUACACAGACAGCGGCGUGAUGUGGAGGUUAGUAAACUGCACACUGUGCCUCUUUGUGUCCGCUCAGCUCACUUUAUGGUGUCAUUGGGCUACAGCAGUUGAGCUGGACGCUGAGGUCAAGAUUGAAGUUGUGUUCAAGCCCGAGGAGUGCACUCAGAAGAGUAAAAGAGGAGAUCUGAUAAACGUCCACUACGAUGGCUUCCUCGCCAAAGAUGGUUCUCAGUUCUACUGCAGUCGAUCAGACAAAGCCGGGCACCCUCAGUGGUUUGUGCUGGGCGUGGGACAGGUCAUUAAGGGCCUUGAUAUGGGGAUGGAAGAUAUGUGUCCUGGAGAGAAACGGAAAAUAACUGUUCCAUCUGUCCUGGCCUUUGGAGAAAAAGGCAAAGAUCCGGUGCCGCCCAAUUCUACGGUGGUCUUCGAGGUGGAGCUCUACUCUGUGUCCAGGGGACCGCGCAGCAUGGAGGCUUUCAGACUGAUGGACCUCAAUAAAGACAAAAGUCUCACGAAGGACGAGGUAAAGGAAUACUUGAAACUGGAGUAUGAAAGAAGUGGGAAGCCACGCGAUGACCCUUUCUAUGAGAAAAUUAUGGCUGAUAUAUUCCGCAAGAGUGACCAGGACAGCGACGGGCAUAUCAGUGCCAAGGAGUAUAAUAUUUAUGAACAUGAUGAGCUCUAGCAAUAUUGUAGCAGUGAAUAUCACAAUGAGUCACAAUGUUGUCAAAGAUCAGCAAUCCACUAGAAUGAUAUGAAAACAUCAGACUCCUAAACGGGAUUUAAAAUGCUGGGGAGUCAGACCUAGUGUUAUACACUUUUGGGGUGGAUCUCCCUUAAAAGCAGACAGGAAGUAACUGCUUUGAGGUAUUAUCCUAAAUUUCCCUUGGGAUUAAUAAAGUAUCUAUCUAUAUCUAUCUAUUUGGAGUCGCCAAGACAUAUUUCCAAGCCAGCAAACUAGGAGCCACUCAAUUUUAAUAUGAAGUAUUAAACUAUGCAAGAACGUCUGAGGAAGAUUUUGUGCAAAUACCACUAAAUUUAUCAUUUUAAAUGUUUUAUUUCUGUCUUUAAAUUUGGUCUUUUGGUGAUUCACAAGAAAAGGAAACCACAAUAUUGCACAAAGUUGUGGCUUUGAAACCGUAACAUGAGUGAAUGGAUCGUAAAUUGUUCCACUUUCCCUGUGAAUCUCCUGCCCUCUAAUCUGCGAAACCACACCAGAGUAUGGAUCCAUAGAUAGAGGUGGGAAUAUUGUGGCUGCUCUUCUUCUCUUCCCCCGAUAGGAUGUCAGCAGAAGCCCUGAGAGGCAAGUAAGAAAAAUAAAACUGUGAUGAAGUCUAAUCUAAAUUGCUUUCUCUUCUGUGUUUUUGAAUAAAGAACUAG